AUGGCUAAACCAGGAAAUGGAGUACCUUCAAAAAUAAGAGAAAGCACAAGAUUUUAUCCUUUUUUUCAGGAUUGUAUUGGAGCUAUUGAUGGAACACAUAUUCCCGCUAUGGUUGUAGGAAAUGAAACUGCUAGCUAUAGAAACAGAAAAGGAGUUUUAUCUCAGAAUGUGCUAGCUGCAUGCAACUUUGAUUUGCAAUUCAUAUAUGUUCUAACUGGUUGGGAAGGUUCAGCUCAUGAUGCAAAAGUGUUAAAUGAUGCUUUGACGAGAAGUAACAAUAAAUUUGAAAUCCCAGAAGAAGAAACAUAUGAAGAACAAAAUGUUACCCAACCAAGUACUGAUGGUCAUCAAUUUCUUGGCACACAAGAACAACAAAGAGAACAUGCUAAUGAAUGGAGAACAACCAUCGCUACAAAUAUGUGGAAUGAUGCUGUUAUUAGUGGAUCUCAACGGUGCGAGAUGGUUUAUGUCAAUGUUGCAGCCGAGUGA